GCACUCCAUUUAGAUUUGGGCAUUUGCGUCCAAUCAAAAGAUAUGCAAAACCCGACUCCCGUUACAAUAUAGUAUUAUUUAUACCUGCUCUCGUUAUUCAUCUCCAGUCCACUUCUUCCAAACCCAAACCCUAAAAUACAAUACACACCUGGAGAGACCAAGAUAGAAAACCCUAAAGAGCCUCAAUGCCUCGCAAAAAGCACGCUGAUACAACAGCUCAAUCAUACUUCAGCAUAGGUGACGAGGUUGAGGUCACAAGUAUCGACCACAACCUACGAGGCACGCUUUUCCCAGCAAAAAUCAUAGGCAGGGAUUGGAACGCAGACAAGUUUGUGGUUGAAUACAAACACUUAGAAGCCAACGAUGAACCCUUGAGGGAAGAGGUUGAUUUGGUGCUCUUAAGGCCCCUUCCGCCACCGCCUUCAGAACCCGGUUAUCGUUUCGAGUUUGGAGACGAAGUGGAUGCUUUUUUCAGUGGAGGGUGGUGGGAAGGAGUGAUCACUGAAGUUGAUGAUGAAGGGUCAUUGUUCUGGGUUUACUUUAGGUUUGCAAAGCAACAGUUUCAGUUUCUACCUUCAGAGCUUAGGGUUCACCAGGAGUGGGAUAAGGGAGCUUGGCUUCCACCUAGGGAAGUGUCAAUGAGGAUGGAACCAAGUUCCAGCAACUCAAGUAUGAAGAAUCUUAGCAAAGGAAAGCAAAUUGAGGUAUGCAGUGAUGAAGCUGGGUUUGAAGGUGCUUGGUUUUCUGCAAAAGUUAUCAAUGCUAUCGGACAGGACAAAUACCUUGUUGAGUACAAGAGCCUGAGAACUGAGGAUAACAAACAGUUUUUGAGAGAAGAGGUUGAUAUAAAGCACAUGAGGCCUUGUCCUCCUGAUGCUGUUGUGGUUGAUAGUUUCAACCUGAAUGAAGAAGUUGAUGCUUAUUACAAUGAUGGGUGGUGGGAGGGUGUGAUUUCAAAGAUCCUUAAGGGCUCAAAAUACAAAAUUUACUUCAAGAGAACAAAAGACUAUGGGGAGUUUCGUCACUCUGACUUAAGACCACAUCAAGAUUGGAUAGAUGGAACUUGGGUCAUGGCUUCUCAGGCAUUAAAGUUCUGAUUCAUCAAAGAGGAAUGCUGACUAUGUAAUGUUGCUGGGACAUCUGGUUCAUGCAUCUUCAGAUUCAUUGCUGCUCACAUACCAUUCUGAGGGGUUCUGUAAUGUGAUAGUAAAUCACCUCUGUUUCCUUGAGCAAGUGACGAAAAUGUACAUGGUUGUUUGGCUAACAAUUAUAAAUGCGCUGAUUGCCUUAUCCUGGCAUUGACUUGUCUGUUAGAUAUUGGAGACUCUUACCAAAACCUCUAGCUACUCUAGUAAUACUUAAACUUAAUCCUUCAGAUCUUGUCAUUUACAUAUAUUAUAAUGGUUCCUUUCAGUA